AUGGAUCGCAAGUCACCUUCCCAACUCCCCGCCGGUUCCCAAGCACCAGCAUCACCGUCUCCGCCACAGGUCAAUGGUUAUAGUCCACCGACAAUCGAUCAGUCGCACGAUGUGGCCUUGGUGGUAAAAGCCCUCAACCUAUCCCACGACCACCAUGGAGUCUGUAAUACAAGCAUCUUGCUCUGGGGCUCCCCCGGGUCCGGCAAGCGUCGGAUUGCUACUAAAGCUGCUCUGGAGUUUUCCACCCGGACAGGCUGCAAGAUCCUAUGGUUGGAUGGUCGAACCUUCGAAUCGUUCGUCCGUGAUUAUCGAGCGGCGUAUACCAAAAUUACCGGAGAGCAACUUGCCCGGGGUAUCACCAUGACCCAUACUCUUCUCAAGAUCACAUCCACGCUGCAAGCUCGUCGGGAUGAAUUGCUUAUCGUCGUGUUUGACCUGCACUCCUCUCUGGAAGAUGGAAUGGAGACGGAACUGAACACAUCCGACCUCUUUCUUCCGGAACGCUGUCGUAUACUCCUUACUUCUUCCUUCGUCGUCCCGACCGUGGGUGGCAGUGCUGACCAGGUACUACCUGUGGAAUGUGGACUGAAGCUGGCCUGCCGAACGACGUGCCUCUAUGUUGGUGCACUUAGCGAGGAACAAGCCAUGCAGUAUUUCAGGGCUUCCGUGCCGAACAGCAACGAUGCUGUCGACUGUCUUCGCGCUUUCUGGCACUGGCAACAAAACUCGUGGCACACCGCGCCUCUUCACCUGGCGCUUUCUUGUGCCUGCAUGCGCUUGCUGCGGCUCUCGCCCAGCCGCUUCCAACAACUUUGUUUACACAAGGUCAAGCAAGGCUGCGGUCCGACGUGGCCGGAGUGCAGUCCGAUCUUUUCGGUCAUCAUGUCUAUUCUAUGGGAUGCUCUCAAUGACUAUAAUGUCACCGCAGGCCGAUUACUCUCCAUCUGCUCAGUUGUCGAUGGAAUGGGGAUUCCCGUUGCUCUGGUUGAAAAGUUCCCAAUAUUUCAAAACAAUCCGGGAGGCCUUCACUCUGCGAUGGGCUUGCUCCGUCUGAGUGGGUUGGUGGAGAUAGACCAAGGACCAGAGCUUGCCACCAUUAACCUUCAUCCUCAGGUACAACGCUGGCUGCAAAUCAAACGCCGACAAGUCGAGGACAAACAAGAGACGAGAGACUUCCUGCACGCAUGGAUCUCGGUGUUGAACGACUAUCUAACCAAGCCAGAACACGAGCUGCCGAAGAAAGGCCCCAUCUUUGAUCCCGAAAAAUUCUGGCCGAUGCUCACUCACAUUGCGUCGCUUUGUAAUCUCAAACCAAGGCGAAUCUCGCAGUUUUGCAGCAUGCAGUACAUGAUAUUUCUCAAAAAUGUCGCUGUUUUUCUUGUCGAGGACGGCAUCUACCAGAUCCUGGCCGGCGUGACCAUAACUCAUGCUUUCGAUAUGUGCAUUCUGAUACAAUCUCGACAGGGCCUUGAUAUCGUUCUGGACCGAGAGUACAUCCACAUUUGUCAAGUGAGAGCCAACGCCCUGAUGAAUCUGUCGGAAUAUGGUGCGGCUGAGCAUGAACUUCGAGAGGCAAAGCGAGUACUUAGUCGUCACCUCCCCCUCGAUCCGAUCGGCGCGCAGACCUGGCGCGAGAUUGAGGACUCAGAAGCGUACCUCAGCGUUGCCCAGAGCAAUUGGCCUGAAGCGAACCGGAUGCUCACAGAACUGCUGGCUGACCCCGAGCCUGACACUGAUCCCCGCGACCUGGCGAAGCGACACCAUUGGAUGUCGAGAUAUAAGGCGGCCGUAAACGAAGACAUUUUUGCCUUGGAGCAUUCGCACAUGACCAUGUCUCACUGGAGAGAUCUACCAUAUGAAGAACGAUGGGGCUACAAAGACACCAGGCCACUGAACUGGGUCGAAAAGCACAUGCUGAAUCUCAUGAACAUGGGCAAGUAUCAGGGUGCCCUCGUCUUCGGGACACGACUGCUAGAUAGAACCUACGAGCUUUCCCCACUUCUUGGGAGUUCUAUCUGCUGCUUGACGUACCGAGUUGUGCGCUGCCAAUGCAUGCUAGACAUGGUCGACGAUGCGGAAAGAACCGUAUGUCGACUUCUUGAACUGCCGUCGCACGACGAAUACAUCAAUGACACUACCCGAGCUUAUCUGCUGUAUACGCUGUAUGAGCUUGCGGUGGCACUGCAACGCGAUGGGCGGGUCGUGGAAGCUGAAGGCCUGUACAGAUUUAACAUACGGUUUUCGAAGCUUAACGACGUCAAGAACCUGAGCGGCACCGAACCAUAUGACAGCUGGCGUGACUAUGUACAGUUGAUCAUGUGUUUCAUCGAGCAAGGGAAACUGCUGGAAGCAAGGAAACUCAAGGAAGACUAUGAGUGUGAGAAUCCAGACAACCGGCUUACACACCGCAUCAUCGAAAAUAGCUGGACCGCUUAUCGCCAUUCCAGGGAGUUGUAUGUCAGAGCUGUGCAGGCAGAGAAAUCGGGGACCUCCCUAGAGUUCAAAGCAUCCGUUGACCUGGCAGAGACUCGAGCAGCAUUAAAACGGGCCGUGAAAUGGUUUGGAAGUCCAAAGCAUCGUGUCGAAAGUGGCAAAGACUUCGAGAGCGACAUCGAUCUGCACCACGUCAAUCGGGCACGUAACAGCCGUCUUCUUCAGCUCCUCAACUUCCCUCUCAUUUACUUUGCUUUCGUCGAUACGCGCUCCAGUACUGCCACCGCUGAUACAGAGACUCUUGAGUUCUUCUUGUGGGCCGAUCUUCGUCAAAGCGUACUGGGGCAGUACUGGAAAUGGUGUGACUGCAGAAGGAAGAGACGACGCAGUCAAAGCAUCGAUGAAUCGGAUCACUACGUGGUCAAGCCAAAGCGAGACGAUGACGGCCCGCCGCUGAAGAAGCUGACACAGAAAUCAAUCACGGACUGGGUGAUAAGAAUGCCGGCAGCGAGCAAGGCCAUUCCAGCAAAUUGCGGCCCCUGUUGUCCGUGCAUCGAAGCCAACAAAAGAGGUCUUCUCGAGACAUCUGCACUGGCAUCGAAACUAUACUUGUGGGAAGAGCCGACGCCGAAAAAGCGCCCGUCAAAGACUAAACCCAGGUUUCGGAACAGCAAACCGAACCGAUCGCCAAUCCCCGAAACUGAGCUUUUCAUGCUCGUCCGGCCUAAUACUUGGUUCUGGAUCCAGUCCGAGUUUGCGGAUGGAGAGGCCGAAGGAGAGAACUAUAUCAUUCCAGGAGCGGUUGAGAUUCCAGCGAUAGCCAUCACACCACCAGAAGGUCAAACGGAUCUCCUGCCGCUGACCACGGAUCCCCAAGAGAGACUGACCAAGUAUUACAAAAGGGACUAUGCGGCAGACUUUGCUUCUGUGUUGAAGAGGCAGCACGAGACCGAGUGGUUUGGGCCGACACGGUUGGAUGAUAUCUUGGAAGACGACGAAGACGAGGAGGAUAGUGGUGAAUAG